CGCGGCCAAUCCGAUGCUAGUCUUUUGCUACUUCCCACAAGUAGCCCCAACACUUCGGUUUCCAGAUCUGCUGUGUUGCAUCACCUAACUUCAGAUGAACCACACACUCUGGCCACUUCAGCAGCAGCAGGUAUCACUUACAGCGGCCAGAUGAGGGCGCCAAUGGUAUUUUUGAAACCAUCUGGAGUAGCAGGCCAGGGCAAUGGGCACCCAGUGCAGACAUCACAUUCUGGCUACUUGCAACAUGAAAAACCAGCCCAUAUGCCAGGUUCUAGUGCAAUCGGCUAUGAGUGGGACGCCCAGCGUCUAAUGCGGGCUGAGAGGGAAGAUUUGGAGUGCGAAUGGGCCAAAGUGCGCAGAAGAGAGGAUUUGGAACUGCCCGACCUCGUGCCUCUGCCUGAGGCCACGCCGGUAAUCUGGACAAUCAUUUCCUUCUAUUUGAAAUAG